AUGCGGGUCAGAACACCCUGGAUUCAAGCACUCCGAGAGAGAAAAGAGGCGGAGAACCACACUCACACCCCAGCGGUGGAAAGUGCCAAACCAGCCCUGGCACCCAAGAAGAUGUCGGAUAGCUACGUCAGCCUUGUGCUGCCCCUCUCUCAAGACCCUUGGCUACUCGACACCUACGCCAACUAUACGGGUCAAAUCCGUAUCGGUACCCUGCUCAUGGACCUGGACGCGCUGGCCGGGGUCGUUGCCUACAGACAUACUGGCGAAGGAGUCAGCAAUGUGACUGCGGCUGUUGACAGGAUCACCAUCAAGAACCCUAUUCGAGAGAUUUGUGAUUUGGAGCUGAGUGGACAAGUGACCUAUGCUACCGGAAGGAGCAGCAUGGAAGUGACUCUGCAGAUCGCCAAAGCGCCAAGCCCAGGUCGACAAGUCGCACCAGAGGACGUUUUCAUGACGUGCGCUUUUACCAUGGUGGCACUGGAUCCUAAGACCAAAAGACCUGUUAAUAUCGCUCCCCUGGAAGUCAACACCCCAGCGGAGAAGGCGCUGUUCGCCAAAGGCGAGGAAAACUACAGAAACAAGAAGACCAUGAGAUCUGCACACAUCUUGACCAAGCCACCUGACGCAGAUGAGUCGGCUCUAAUCCACAAAAUGUGGACGGAUUCUCUUGCGUAUGCUGACAGCAGGAACCCGAAGAAGCAGCCGGCCAACGUGCAAGCCAUGUCGAAGACCACAAUCCACAGCACGCAGAUAAUGAUGCCGCAGUAUAGGAACCGUCACCAUUUCAUGAUCUUCGGAGGCUUCUUGCUUAAACAGACGUUCGAAUUGGCGUUCACCUGCGCCGCGUCUUUCUCACACACUCGUCCACGAUUCUUGAACCUCGAUCCUAGCACAUUUGAAGAGCCCGUCCCCGUUGGUUCAGUGCUCUACGUCUCAGCAGGCGUCUCGUUUACAGAACCUCACCCCAGCGGCGGAACCCGGAUCCAAGUAAUGGUUCGGACGCACGUCCGGCCUGUUGAGCACCAAGAUCAAGAAAGGAAGUCUACAGGCACGUUCUUUUAUACCUUCUUCUCGCCGGCAGACGUGAGCGUUUUGCCGCAGAGUUACUCAGAGUUCAUGCGGUGGGUCGCUGGAAGAAGACGCGCUGAGAGACUGUCAGCCAUGCUAGAGGCUGAUCCGAACCUUGUGCUGGGGAGUCUGCAUGAUGAGAAUGUGACUGAGUGA